GAAAAGAUUCCUUACUUUAUUCUGAAAUAAAUUCGAAGAUUAAGGACUCCGUUACAGAUACAGAAUAAUUUAAACCUCAUUUUAUUUAUUUUGUAAAAAUACUUAUAUCAGAUUGUAUAUGUAAUGUAUAAUACCAAGUAAGUCUAAAUUUAUGUAAAACUGAUUUAAAAUAAGAUGCCGAUAAGACAAUGCCUUGACAGCAUGUCAUAAAUCGGGACAUAAAUCACAAAGGCGUCAUAAAACAGUCUUUUUGAAUUUAAAGUCUUCAGAAUUUAAAGACGUUUUAAUUUUAUCUUAAUAUUUCAACCAUGCAUGCUUACAUAUUCUAAUAAAUGAAAGCCGUUUUGCUAGUUGCUAAUGAUUAUUUAAUUACACGUUGAUAGUCAUCGUAAUCGUCAAUAUAGUUGCAAAAAAAAUCUUUGAAAUGCAAAUGCAUCACGCUUCAAUAUACAAAUCAAUUUAAUUGAUACUAGGAAGAUAAACGUGAUCGAGCUGAUUGCAUUUGGUUAUUCACCUGUCGAAAUAUACAAAAUAGUAUUAUCGAGUCCUGAUUUUCCAAGAAAUUUAUAUUUUCCUCGUAUAACGAGUAACUUGUAAUUAAUCUCGAUAAAUAUAAGAUGCAUAAAGAUUUUAAUUCCUAAAUCUAUAAAUGCUGGAAAAUGAGAAAAGACAAAGAAAACUUUAUAUUUAAAUUUUUCAAGUUUUACCAAUGUGCGAAUUAAAAUUUGCAUCUUUCUUAUAGACUUAUGUUAUUCGCAAGGAAAGAAUCUAUGAAUUAAGAAAUUACAAUGAUAUCGCGCUUAUUCUUCUGGCAGUAUCUACAUCCUAAUGUUCGCGAUGAGAUUAACACAUAGUAAAACGAGCUAUGCCUUUUAUUUUUUACAAGAUAAAAGAAAUAGAUUUUAUCAAUUUUAUUAUUAUUAUUUGUCUUUAUUAAAUAGCAUCAUUCAUUGUAUCAAUAGCAUUAAUAUCGUAUAGUAUAGUGAUACUUGACAAUUCGAUUAUCAGCUACGAUAAUUACAUAUUCUAAGUGCAAGGGGUUAAACAGCAACGAUGCGGUCGUGCAUUAAGCGCGAACAACGGUUGCACAAUAAAGCGGAAUCAUCGCGGAAGGCAGACACGAUCCGGACUUUACGCGUGCUCUCGUGUGAGGCAUGCGUGUGCAAGCUCUUCCAUAUAUAAAUACACGUAUGCCAGUGGGAAAAUCUCAGUCGACCGAUACUUGGUGUCUGUAGCUUCUCGCUCAUUCAUCGAGCUAUUUCCGGCCAAAAAUUAAAAAUUUAUCGGUACCGCCACGUGAGUCUAUCGUGUAUUAACUUUUCAAAAAAAGAAGAGUACUUCAUCAAGAAAUACAUCAAGUUCACUGUGUCAAUACACAUUUUCUUGUCUGAGAAAGUUGUACACGAGGUUCGUGAAGUGGAGAAAGAGAGAAGAGAAAAAAUUUUUUAUCUUUAAAAAAGCGACAAAAAGAAAAACUUUUCAUUUGUCCUGCAGAUCCUUAGUUUUCCAAUGAGCAAUAACAUGAGGCAGUUUUCGAGUCAGAUAUUCAAUGAAACACGAUUUUUAUAAGUCCAAUACGAUCGAUUUCUCGCAGCCAGAAAUCAUUGAUCUCUAAUCAGUGAUUGAAUCAGUGCGAAAAGUAUAGGCUUUAUGUCCGCGCAAUUUCGUUAUUGAAUUAAAAGGAUUCAAGUGAAACAAUUAUGAAAAGCAGAUCAAUGAAGAAAUCGCUUCUAAGACUCUUAAUUUUGAUCCUGACAACGGUGGAUCAGAUGAUGGCUGUUUUAGCGACUCAUCACGGCGGUCACCAUCAUCGAGUGUCGAGGAGAAUCCAUCUGUCGCGCGCGAUGGAGGCCACUAAGAAGUUCCUUUGCAGAGAACCCCAGUCGAGAGCCUAUAAUCUGAGAGACCUGGUACAGAGUAUGCAUCCAAGCGAGAGCGCAAAUCAGCCGGUAUACAUCGUGUUAAAGAGAUGCGACAGUCACUCUGGUUGCUGCGUCAGCCCUGAUCUUAGUUGCACGCCGGUGCAGACAUCGAUCUAUUAUGAGGAGAUGGAGGUCGAGGUUUGGAGCCUGCUGACAAAUAGUACAAGAAGGACAUGGAUUAGAGUCGAGCAACACGGCAGGUGUAGUUGCGAGAUCAGUAACGCCACUGAAAGACUCAGGACAGACAUUCAACUACCUGAUAUACAAAUCCUUUGAGAAGUUCAUCAAAUCCAUUCAUUCAGUAUUAUGGAGCAGAAUGGAAGACUGUAAUUGUCCAGUAAUUGACCGAUUAUCUUGCAUUUUUCUGUUAGACAUAGUAAUGAUACAAAAAGAAUAACAUUUUCAGUGUUAAUUGAAACAGUUAAUCAAGACAAAGAGACUGGAGUUAAAAUUUUUUAAGAUUGAUUAAGAUUGAAUCAUUUUAGUUAGUUAGAAAGAAUGGAUUUAGAAAUGCAUCGAUACUAGUGAUCUGUUUAUAAAAAAAUAUUUGAACCUGAACAGUGCUAUAGUGUGAAAAAAUAAAAUAAAGUGCUAAACAAAUAUUAAAUAAAUAAAUAUAAUUAUGAUCAUAAUUGAGACUGAGACAGAUUAGAUUGAAAUAAGUUUUUUAAAGCUUCUUUUAUUAAUACUCAUUUGAAUUUAAUCUCCAUUAUGGCUAUGACUACGAUAAAGGACGAACAACAAUAAAAAGUGAAAUUAGUUGACAAAUAUUAUUUAGCAGAUUUGAAUAUCAAAGAUUAAAUUUAUACUACAGCUGUAAGAAUCGGGCAAAAUACGACCGGCGAAGAUAUGAAGGCCUUUUCCUAGGAUAUUUAAUAAAUAAAUCAUAAAAGUUAUUAUGAUUUAGAACAAAUAUGUUAUAAGUAUUUAAGAAUACUUUGAAAAGAUUAAAUAUCAAUUUAAAAAUAUAAAAAUUAGGAUACUUGAUAAGAUAAAAGCGAGAGUCUUUCAUUGGAUAAGUAUAUGCAAAAUAAGGCACCAGUCUACUUCUCUCACAAGUUCCGCACUCUAUUUCGAUAUGAUAUUUAUAUGAAACUAAUAACAUUGCGGAACUGACAGCUAUGUUUAACGCUAAAUAUAACUUCACGAUGUAAAAUUGCGAUUCCGUUCGCGCGUUAGGCACAGUGUAUAUGCUUAGUAAAACAAAGUUCAGACGCGAAAAUAACGUACUGCGUUUAUAUGUAAAUUGCACCGUAUCUUUCAGAUACAAAAAUAAGACUUUUUUUUAGUUAUAAGCGAUUUUUUACGAAGCAAUUAACUCGGCGAUUACCGUGGCCAAAAUUAGAAAGAAUUUUAUACAAUUAAUCCAAAAAACAGUAUUUUAAUAUUAGUUUUAAAUUUAACAUAAUUUUGAUAAGCUUUUAUUUUUUUGUAAGAUAAUUAAUUUAUUAAACAAAUUAUUUUUCAAUUUUAGAAUAAAUAAUGAUAAGCGAGACGAGAUGUGAUAUAAAUCAACACGUCAAAAGGAUUGAACAGUAUUCCUGUAAUAUAUCUAAUUAGCAGAUAAUAUAUAUUAUUCAAUUAUUUAA